AACAGAAGAAAGACGACCCCGGAUCAGGCGAGCAGCAGCCACCGCGACCUGCGACCUUACCUCGUCAGGCUCCGAUGGCGCUCGCGCAGCUCUCCCGCCGCCUCCUGAGCCCGACGGCCGCCGCCGCCGCGCACCUCCCGAAGGCAUUCCCCUAUCGGCGCGAUCCCUUCGUCCUCCUCCACCCCGGCCGCCGCUUCUUCUCCGCGUCCGCGUCCGCGAACCCCAGCCCUGACUCCUCCUCCACGCCGUCAGAGCCCAACACCGGCGCUGCAUCCGCGCCCGCGUCGCCCAAUGAGAUGCGGCACCAGGAGAUCGAGGGCCCCACGGUGGAGCGCGACACAUCGCCCCUGGCCGAUGAGACGCGCCGCGAGCUCGACGCGCUUCGCCGCACCGUGCAGGGGCUCAGCGGCUCCCUUGCGCUGCUCGGAGGGGCGCACCUCGCCGCCGGCGCGUGGAUCGCCUACGGUGCCCCGCCCCUCGGCGUCGAGUCCGCCGCGGCGGUGCAGGGCGUGGCGGCGUUCGCUUUCCCCUUCACGGUCGCCCUGGUGCUGCGCCGCGCCAUCAAGCCCAUCGCCUUCUUCCAGAAGAUGGAGGCCAACGCGAGGCUGCAGGUGCUCACUCUGUGCCUCCAGGCUACGAAGAACGUCAACCUCAUGCUGCUCCGGACGCGGGUGAUGGCCAUCUCUUGCGCUCUCGGGGUGUCUGUCGCGUCAGUUGCUGCGAUAUUGAUGCGGUGAGUUUUGAGUUCAGAUCUCUGCAAGGAGGAUGGUUAGUGUCAGUAACUGAGGAAUAAGAAUGCACUGGUGGUAGGUAAAUGGACUUCGAAGUUUGUACUUUUGGUGCUUUUGGAUGUUGGCUAUGCUUAAUUUUGGUGAUUGUACACGAGACAAAGGAGAUUACAAUAUGAUUGUGAUUGUUUGAAAUAUUCCUAGUACAAUGAUAUUCAUCUUCAGCUCGGCCAAACCAGUUGGAGAAGUUUAGCAUCUUCCUUA